AUGUCCAACAACAAGAAAACAGAGAAUGGAGAGUUUCCUUCAUUGCCCCAACAAGACAGGUCAUUCAAACAAAUUGGCGAUGCCAUUGGGCAUAUUCCUGUAAAAUUUGCAAAGAAAAAGGGAGGAGGAACAUCGGGCCAACAAUUCCACAGCCACAAGCCUUCCGCUCAACAUUCUCAACCACAAUCACAAAGAAAUGAUCUUUCCGAUAAAGCCUAUGAAAAUUUAAGUCGUAUUAACAAAAAAUUUGAAUUUGCAGAUUUGUUGAAGAACAAUAGAGUUCUUACAAACUGUACUUGUUGUGGAAAAAUUAUCACAGCAGAAGGCUUCGGACCUUGUCCUUUUUGUCAAACAAAUAUUACACCAGAAGCUGUUACACAAUAUUAUAAUUCAGCCGAUGAUUUCAAUCUUUCUAAAAACAAGAAGGAAAACGAAGAUUAUUUAAAAGCAUUAGAAUUGCGAAAUCGAUUGUUACGAUGGGAUGAAAAUUAUUCUCAAACAACAGCAGUCAUUGAUGAGCAAGCUGCUGAAUAUGGUAAUUCAUCGACAUCAAAAGACAUUUGGCUUUCUGACUCAGAAAAAAAGCAACGUGAGAAAAUUGAAGAAAGGAUUAAAGAGUUGAAGGAACAAUUGAAAAAUAGAAGCGGUCCUCUCAGAUACACUUUUGAUUUUGCUGGAAAAAGAAUUCUUUUGGAUGAAUCUCAUCAAAUUGAAACUCAAAAGGAAAUUGAUAGGUUAAUGGAAAGCCUCAAAGUGACAAUCCCCAAGAGCAAUAUUUCACAAACAGAAAAUAUAAACGUUAUAACGAGAGAAGGAUCAUCCGUAGGAACUCAAAGAUCUGCAUUAUUGGACGUCACUAAACUUAAAUAUAUCGAAUCGAAGGAAAAGAAGAACAAACCAAACGUUCUCUCAGUCAACGAAGGCAAAUCUGGUGGAGUUGUACAAAACCAAUAUUACAUUGAAGAUGACGAACCAGCAUGUGAUAUUUCUUCUGAUAGCAUCACAUGUGGUGGUGGAGUAUCAGACACGAUUGAUGGUUUUGAACCUAUCAUUCAAUACUGUGAACCAAUUAGCACACAUGAGGAUGAUCAAGGUUUUUGUCUUUCCAUGCAUCAACCUUGGUGUUCAUUACUUGUUUAUGGUAUUAAAAGACAUGAAGGAAGAUCAUGGAAUACAUCUCAUCGAGGAAGGUUGUGGAUUGCAAGUACUGCUGAGAAGCCAACUGAUGAAAGCAUUCAAGAACUUGAAACUUACUACAAGACCACCUUUAACAGAACACAGGGUUAUCCCAAACACUAUCCAACAAGUGUGAUUGUUGGUUGCGUGGAUGUUAUUGAUUGCGUGUCGAGUGAGGAGUAUCGAGAAAAGUUUCCAAGUGAGGAACAAGAAUCUGAUUCUGAUUAUGUCUUUAUUUGUGCCAAUCCGCGCAGACUCUUUCUUCCUUAUCCAAUCUCAGGAAAGCCCAAGAUUUACAAGUUGACCAAGGAACAAUUAGAAGCUUGUCAACUCGGUCUUAAACCUUUGCCUCCGUCGACUUUCCAUCAAUAA